AGGAUCCACAAUGGAGACGUGAUAGCAAGGUGCCAAGCAACCUCCCUGGAAUGUUUCCCUUCAGACAAAGACAAGCUCAGUGCCUUAUUUUAUGGAUGUCCUUCAAGUAGACUUUGAAGACCUUUGGAAGCACAUCCCAGACUUGGCAUGGGAAACCACAGCAACAAUCAUACCUGUUUGACAGAUGAUUCCUUUAAGUACAACUUGUAUGGAGCUGUGUACAGUGUGGUCUUCAUCCUUGGGCUGAUUACUAACUGUGCCUCUCUCUUUGUCUUCUGCUUCCGGAUGAGAAUGCGCAGUGAAACUGCCAUUUUCAUGACCAACUUGGCUGUUUCAGAUCUUCUCUUUGUCUUCACUUUGCCCUUCAAAAUCUUCUAUAACUUCAACAGGCAUUGGCCUUUUGGCGACAGCCUCUGCAAGAUUUCUGGCACAGCAUUCCUCACCAACAUCUAUGGGAGCAUGUUGUUCCUCACCUGCAUUAGCGUUGAUCGCUUCCUUGCUAUUGUCUAUCCCUUCCGCUCUCGCACCAUCAGGACCAGGAGGAAUUCUGCCAUUGUCUGUGCUGGAGUUUGGAUCCUGGUCCUCAGUGGUGGGAUUUCAGCUUCACUGUUCUCCACAACCAACAUUUCCAACAGCAGCACCACCUGUUUCGAAGGGUUUUCCAAGAGGAUCUGGAAAACCUACCUGUCCAAGAUCACUAUAUUUAUUGAGGUGGUAGGAUUCAUCAUCCCUUUGCUUCUCAACCUCACGUGCUCCUCCUUGGUUCUCCGGACCCUGAGGAAACCUGCCACCCUGUCCCAGAUUGGGACAAACAAAGAGAAAGUACUCAAGAUGAUCAUUGUGCACGUGGCCAUCUUUGUUGUGUGCUUUGUGCCUUACAACUCCAUCCUCUUCCUCUAUGCACUGGUGAGGUCCCAAGCGAUAGCAAACUGCUCCUUGGAGAGGUUUGCCAGGACCAUGUAUCCCAUCACAUUGUGCAUUGCAACAAUGAACUGCUGCUUUGACCCUUUCAUCUACUACUUCACAUCAGAGUCUUUCCAGAAGUCUUUCAACAUUAAACCCCAGAUCAAAAUGGAUUCUCUCUUCAAGACUGAGACACCUCUGACAAAGACUGCGCUGCCAGCGCCGCAGGAGGAGACCAGUGACCAGGCAAUCACCAAUGGAGGAGAUCCCACAUCUGAGUCUCAUUUCUAG